CCCCAGGGUCGCCUGGCAAGGCUAAGCGUGUGGAAGGAGAGGCCCUAGCCCAGGGCGGCAGGGUCUGCUCGCGGGCGCAGAGCACGCGCCCUGAGAUCGCGUCGCAUGUGGAGACAGCUUCUGCAGAAGCUCUGUCCCUCUGUGGUCGACCAGGCCAAAGGUCUCCGCAGAGCUGCCAAGGCGUGCAGCCGCGACAACCCCAGGGCCUGGCUGCGCAUGCCCACGCGGGAUGGGUUCGUGACUGGGGCGGGGCCUCGGGAGCCUAAAGAGUCCAAUAGCUGGCGAGCGGGCCGCUCAGAAGGCGGAGCCACGACGGACAUGCUGGCUGCAGGCGCUGGCAUGGCGGUGUCUGCAGCCAGUGGCGCUGGCUACGCAGCUCCUGCUCUGACAAAUCUGGGUUCGGGCCAAGACCCCGUGCCCGACACCAGCGGGCCCAACAGCACACCACAUACAUUCGCCCUCAGCGUGCCGUUCCCAACGCCUUUGGACGCAGAAAUCGCCCUGGGCUCCCUGGCUCCAGAUGCUGAACCGCAACCCGGAGUGAUUGGGAAGGAGCUGACAGCCAGCGUCAGCACCCUGGCCAUGUACGUGCGAUGGACGUGCCCUGGCAUGGCCGGAGCACAGCGUCGCAGACCUGUCAUCCUGGCGACCUGGGAGGCUGAGGCUGGAGGAUCUCGAGUUGGAGGCCAGCCCGCUGGACCGCCCAGGAUGUGCGCCUUCUCCGGGUUUCUGUUCUCAGUUUCCUCGAGCAGCUGUCCCUGGUGGUGCAGACCAUGCAGCGCUUCGGGCCCCCUGUGUCCCGCUAAGACUGAUGUGGCCUAGGGCCACGUAGAAGCAUCUUUCUGUCCCCUCCUGGGCAAUGCGUCCACAAGCAAUUGCAUCUGGACUAUGGGAGUUCCAGGGUUUACAGACUCAUCCUUGAGUACCAAAGGUCUCCUCAUUUUGAUCGGUGCUUCAAUGAGAAUUCUGCAGAGAAUAAAGUUGACCUACUGCUUUGUG